UCUCGUGUCUCGUUCGAGAAUCAUGAUGCGAGCCUGGUACAUGGACGACAGCGAUGCCGAUCAACGGUCGGAGCAUCACCGGAAGCCCGCGGAGUUCGUGCCGCUGGACGAGCUCUUCGCAAAGACAGGCGUGGAGUAUUUUAGGGUAGAUCAUCUGAAUUACGAAAAGGAUGAUAUUUUAAUAAAAUUACGACAGGAUCGCUCUUAUACAUACGAAGAUGAGAUAACGUGCUCCAAAGAGUGCUUACAAAAUUACGAGAAGGUAAAGAAUUUCUAUAUCGAAUACCUUCACACCGACGAAGAGAUCCGUCUGGUUUUGGACGGAUCAGGUUACUUCGACGUACGGGAUAAGGACGAUCAAUGGAUUCGAAUUGAAGUGAAAGCCGGCGAUCUGAUAAUUAUACCGAGUGGAAUCUACCACCGUUUUACUCUGGACUCUGAUAAUUACGUAAAAGCAAAGAGAUAUUUUGUGGGGGAGCCGGUUUGGCUGCCGCACAACAGACCGGCCGAUAACAUGGAAUGCCGGAAGAUGUACCUCACACGGAUGGAGAAGGGCUUCGAAGUGCCUCCAGUUUAAUAAACUACGUGCCGAUACAAUGGGCUUCCGUGAAAACAUGUUGGAGAGAAUCGGAGAAACAAGUUCCGUCUUAUCUAUCUAUCUAUCUUCUUCACAAAGAUUAUUUUUAUCUUUCUUUUGUUGCAGUCGUUUUCCUGAUAAAUACAGAUUAACAAGUCCAUAUCUCACCCAAAUCAUUUCAGUAACAGAACAAAUGCUUUUAAAAUAGUCAUAUUGGAGAUACUUAUCUUUCGUGGAUAUUUCUGCGUUAUCCUUCAUACAUACUUCAUCGUUAAAUCUUAUCAUAACAGACGCAGCGUAAAGAUGAUUUUUAAAUUUAUUAAAGUGAUCGCAAGACAUAAAGUAUUCGGCUAAAUGCAUUACUUCGUAGGUCCAUGUAACGUGGUCUAUAUAUAACGGUACCGUUUUCAUUAGCUUCUUCAAUAACUUAUGCUUAUAUAUUGCUAUUUUUUCGAAAUCUAUCUGUCUAUAUUUGAAAUUGUCCCUCAAGUUGA